AUGGCGAUACGAAAAGUCGAGGACGACGACGACGACCCGAGGGCGUGGUACGAACUCGCGUGCGAGGCGUUCGACGCGGGCGAUCGCGAGACGUGCGCGCGGGCGCUGGAUCGGUGCGAAACGCUGGACGGGGCGUGGGCGAGGGACGCGCGGUUCGCGCUCCGGCGGGCGCACUGCGCGGCGGCGGCGAACGACGACGGCGAUGAAAGGACGAUGCGGGCGAUCGAUGACGUGUUCAGGGCGCUGGAUGCGUCGGGGAACGAUAUGCCGAGUGAUGUGCGGGCGGUGAUGGUGAUCGAUGCGUGUGGGUUGGAGAGAGAAUGGGCGCGACGGGGGGGGGGAGAGACGCGGGCGGAGACGGAACGGGCGCGGGAGCGAGCGAUGGAGACGCUUCGAAACGCGCCGAGUGAAUGA